UAAGGUGUGGCCAGUAUUGCAGCCAGUGUCCAAACCUGCUUAGUAAUAGUAUUAGUAACGGGUAACGGACUGAUAAAAUCCUGGAAUUUCAUUCAACACAACUGGUGCGUAGACUUCUUGAAUCAUCGCUUAUGGUUAAGCGACCUGGUGUGAUUGAAACCGUAGCCCAGGUGGAGGUUCAUUUGCCUGCAGUGCAGCACGAGAAGCCAAAAGCAGGUAAAGCCUGAGCAGUGUCUGUCCCCGGCUGCAGAGGUUGAGACACUUGCCAAGAUGGGAGUAAAGGAAAAGUUAAGUCUGAUGCAGAUCCCCUCCAUUCUUCUGCUCGGCUUGGUUUAUGUGGCAUAUGUGCUGAUCGGUGGGGUGAUUUUCUGGAAGUUGGAGGGAGAUCUUGGAAUGAAGGAUGUCAGACAGUUGCUUGACCAAAAAGAAAGACUCCUUAACAAGUACCCUUGUCUCAACCAAGCGGGCCUGGAGGCCAUAGCUCAGGUUGUUAAAGACACAUCAAAGGUGGGCCUGAGUUUGAAAAGCAACUACACGGCGGACGGCUUCUGGAAAUUCACCAGCUCAGCUGUGUUUGCUGCCACUGUGGUCACAACUAUAGGUUAUGGGAACAUGUGUCCCAGCACUGCUGGUGGCCAGAUCUUCUGCGUGUUCUUUGCACUCUUCGGUAUACCACUCAACAUUGUGGUUCUCAACAGAGUGGGCAAGUACAUCCUAGCCAUAGAAAGGAACAUCUCUAACUUCCUGGAGAAAAAGACUAGUCGAAAAACAUGUACCCGCUUUUCCAUCCACUUUGUUUGUUACAUCUGUGGAGGGGUCCUUUUCUUCGUCAUGCCCAUGAUUGUGUUCCAGCAGCAAGAGGGCUGGACACAUGCCGAGGCCAUCUACUACUGCUUCAUCAGCCUCAGCACCAUCGGCUUUGGAGAUUUUGUGGCAGAUAGCAAUCCAGACAAAUAUUACCCAAAUUGGUACAGCGUCCUCAUAGCCUCGUGGAUCUUCUUUGGCAUGGCCUGGCUGGCGCUGGUUAUCAACCACUCAAUCGAAAUCCUGGAGCGGCUCAACAGCUUCUUUAAAAAGCUGUUCAAAAAGGAUGAUAAUCAGCAGGAGGACGAGGCAGGCGAUGCAGCUGAUAAAAACCCAGAGACACAGAUGGAGGAGGAAGACGAGAUCAUCCAGCCUCCAGUUACUCCAGAGUCCACCUAGUUAUAGAGUUGUCUUCAUCAGUCUGUGGUGAUUCGAUACGUGCCAGAGCUAUUGUUUGUCAGUUUUACAGCCUUUCUCCGUAACUGCCACUAAACUAUUGGCUCAUUUUUGUUGAGUCAGGUUUAAGUGACAGCAGCAUUUACGUACUGUUUAAGUGCCUCUUGUUAGUCUAAAUCCCUUUAGAUUAAGGUCUAGAGAAGGACUCAGCACUUCUGUCCGUCUGUGGUCUAGUAGACUGGACAGCUUGUUUCCUACUUAAUCAGCUGACCACAAGUCAUUUACCAACUCAGUGGCACCGGCUUGUCUAAGCCACAGUCUUUUAAAAUGAUCUACUUUGCAUGGUAUAGGGACUCCGUGGUUCACAGGGGCCGGAGGAUUAUUAUUAUUCAGCAUAUCUUAAGAGGUGGUGGAAUUUCCUAGGUUGUAAGAUACAGUAAAGUAAAUUAAGUGGCCUUACAGAAGGGAAAGACAAGGAAAUUUUCUUUCAUUUGUCAAGGUGUAAAAAGUUUUUGUCUUAAGUAUUGUUUUAACGCUUCCAAACCAAAUUAAAAAUAUUUAUUAAAAGGGA